AUGUUGCUUACUAAGUUUUAUUUCGUGGCCUUGUGGUUUUCCAUCGCUCAAGUAGUCGGGGCUUCACCAGGCGAAGAUGGCGAAACCGCUCCUGCGCCACGUGCUGAUGCUCAGCAAAGCGCCGUUGGAGCCCGUACAUUGCGCGAGGAAUUUAUAAUUUUGCGUGACUUUAUUGAGGCGUGGGAUAUUGAUCUUACUGAAAUCCAAGAGCCUCAGGUACUUGCUGCCAAAACGGAUUUGGAAAGUCUCGCGAAGAAAACGGUCAAUGAGCUUUUUACCUUCAUUGUUAACAUAUAUACCCACCAGGAAAUUUUUACUGAGAAAACCGAACAAGAUGCUAGUGUACCUAAUUACAAGGGUGUUGAUAGGUACCGCUUUUUGAAAGCCAUCGUCUAUUCAAUGGGUAAGAAAUUUAUGGCGCUGGACGCUUACUUGAAGAAGGAGAGCACGAAGAAAAUGGCUGAUGAUAUAAAGAGACAGAUGAUUAAACUGAACUUCGCUAAAAGGAUGGAAUUUAGAAAGAUUACUAGCCUACAAAGGAUAUCAAAGCUGGUGGAUGAUUCGUAUGAAUCGGAGGAGGCACCCAUUAAAAAACUGCUGCAACUCUUUGUCGCUGUUGACGCGGCUUUGAAAGACUUAGGAACCCCUGAUGCAGAUCCUUUCGCUUCGGCUUACGUUGAGUCCUCAGGUGUAGGAGAGGAAUUGCAGGAGGUCGACAAGGUCGCUUUAGCGGAGGCCGUAGAGCGUUCGUAUGAGCUUGUACCGCAGCAAGAAAACUUGGAUGCCUUGAUUAUUGAUUUAGGACCGAGUGCGACUGGCGACCAGGCUACCGCAGCCCGCACUACUACCCAGUCCGCUGUGGAAGAAGGCACCUCUGGACACUUGCCACAACCUGCUGGUUCUCAGGGACCCAGAAGCGAUGAUGCUGAAAGGGGUGUUCCUGAAACCGGCGUUACCGGAUCGGGUCCUGAUUCUGCGACAUCUUCUUUGAGACAGGAGGGUGAGGUCCAAACCACGACGAAACCAUCAUCCGCCUUCUGCUCGUUUGUAACAGCAACCCUUUUCGUUAGCAUCGCCUUCGCACUGUAA